CUGGACCUAACCCGUCGUGCGCUACCUACCAACGCGGCUUUUGGUACAUUCACCCCUGGAAGCACGGGCAAACCGAAGGGAAUUGUCCAUGAUCAUCGUGUCAUGUGCUCGAGCACCAAGGAGCAUGCUUCGAGGCUGAAUAUCAAUUGCGACACGCGCACUUUCCAGUUCGCAGCAUAUACCUUCGUCGUCAAUACUUUUGAACUCUUCACACCACUGGUGGAGGGUGGAUGUGUCUGCGUACCGUCCAAAGAGGACAGACUUGGCCGCACGACCGGCGCGAUGCGUGAUCUCAACGCAAACUGGGCCUGCCUCACCCCCUCGUUCCUCCGACCUAUCUCGCCAGAGGAAAUACCGCAGGUCAAGACUUUCGUCCUGGCUGGUGAGCCAGUCCAGCAAGAUAACCUGGAUACCUGGCGCAGUCGCGUACGAAUGCUGAAUAUGUACGGCGCCUCGGAAGCCUCCGUCUGCGUGACUGGCGACCUUUCCAACGACCCCGUUGAGCGCUCGACUAUCGGGACAGGAGCAGGCGUCGCAGCUUGGGUUGUCGACGCAACGAACGACAGCCAACUUGCGCCUAUUGGCACAAUCGGAGAGUUGACAGUAGGGGGUCCUGUCCUGGCACGAGGUUAUCUGUACCAACCAGAGAAGACCGCUGCAGCUUUUAUCUUUGGCAAGCCGUGGCUGAGGAAAAUUUGCAAUGAGUCGCCAUCGCGCGCGUACAAGACCGGUGACCUUGUUCGACUUGGUUCCGAUGGCCGCAUUAACCUGGUCGGUCGUAAGGACAUGCAGAUUAAGUUGCGUGGACAGCGAAUUGAACUUGAAGAGGUCGAGUUCCAUUUGCGGCAGACACUCCCGCAUGGGGUUGAAGUUGCGGUUGGUUUGGCGAGGCCCGCGCAUCAGCCUAAGAGACCUUUACUUACUGUCUUCAUGGCGCCGAGAAAGGCUUUCGGGGAUGACUUUUACUCUGCUGACCUGGAAUCCGCAGAGGAGCCCAAUUCUGCGACAGAGGGCUGGAAGGACCACCUUUCUAAGGUGGUUCCAGGAUAUAUGGUUCCCUCUACCGCUGUGAAGCUGAACCACAUGCCCUUGACAGCAUUGGGCAAGACAAACCGCAAGGCUAUCGGUGACCUUGUCUCUAAGCUCACCGUCCUCGAGCUAACAGGCGCAUCGAGCAAAAAGGAACACAAGGAACCCGUAACCACCACGGCUAAAACCCUACGCACUUUAUGGGCACAAGCACUGAGCAUCACCGACGCGGAAACCAUCCCCGCAGACGACGACUUCCUGCAGCUAGGGGGCAGCUCCAUCGAAGCCAUGAAAUUGGUCAACUUAGCCAGAGAUCAGAACAUCGGGGUCAGUGUCGCGGUUAUUUUCACACAUCCCCAGAUCGACGAAAUGGCGCAUACAUUGCCCACCAUACACUAUCUCUUGGACGAAACAUCAACCUAG